UCGAGUGUCGCUGCGAUAGCAAUGCCAUGGCAGCAUGUUGUUGUCAUGUUUUGUCACAACGGUGGUGACUUUUUUUCCCACUGGAGUAUUAAGGAGAAAACACUAAACAUUGUUUUCAAUGAAAGUUGCUACUAAGGAUACUUAAAGCGCCGUGGAGAGAGACCAUUUGGAUCAACAACAUUUGAAAGUGGUUGCUCAAUGCCCCCCGGUCGGCAAGAAUAGCCCUCCAGUUCCCACAUCACACCACAUCCAUGUUGACUGCGGCAGCCUGCUCUCUGAGACCGGGGCUAAAAACGCCUCUUUGUUCGUGUGUGGACGAUAUCCGGUUAAAUCAAAGCAGCCAGUGGAAGGACCAUCGUAGGUUUCAGUAUUCAUCCCAGUUUUGUUGUGAAGGAUUGUUAAUGCAUUAAAAUGGCUGCUGAAAUGGUAUUUGUUAGAGAAGGGUCUUGAAUCAAUGCAGUAACGUUACAUUACCUCGCAGAGGCCAAACUACAAAUAAGCUAUAGUUGCUAACAAAUUAUACUUUAGCUAGUGACAGUAUUUAACUAGUUAGCUGUAAAAGAAGCUUUGGUCGAUGCUAGGAUUUUUAACUAGGUUCUCCCAACAAGAGGUAGGGUGAUGGGAAUUCCUCCCACUCUGAAUCUAUGCAUGCGGUUAACCGAACAGCUUUUGUAAACACUUAGCUAACAUAGUCAAUUCUGGGCCAUCUUCCCCAAAGCUUUGAAAGCAGCUUGGUGGAGCCUUAAUUUGAGUAUGACCAAUACUCAGCGAAUAUGCAGGACUUCUUUGCUGUAAAGGAAACAUCCUAAGUAGCCGAGGCUUUCCCCCAAAGUAGACCCCGAGGCCCCGGUCUUCUACUCUGCUUGGUGUGCUGGAGAAAAAUAUAUAAAAAAGAAUGGAUCCUGGGGGGAGAUGUCAAACUAAACUCUUUCUUUUCGGGACCAAAUUAACCACCCACAGUGACCCUCGGGGAAUCAACAAAUACUUGGUAGUCUAUGUAUUGUUCUACUUUGUACUUUUCGCUCACGCCUCACCGACGAAACAGUGUGACAAUAACUGUCUGUCGGGGAAAUGUAUCAACGGGUCCUGCGUGUGUGACCGGGGAUGGGUUGGAGAUCUGUGCCAGCACUGCCAGGGAAGGUUCAGGCUGACAGAACCCUCAGGAUACCUCACAGAUGGCCCCAUAAACUACAAGUACAAAACGAAGUGCACCUGGCUCAUUGAAGGCUACCCAAAUGCAGUUCUUCGGUUACGAUUCAACCACUUUGCCACAGAAUGUAGUUGGGACCACAUGUACGUCUAUGACGGAGACUCGGUUUAUGCUCCUCUGGUCGCUGUUUUCAGCGGCCUCAUUGUGCCAGAGAUACGAGGUAAUGAGACUGUUCCUGAGGUCGAGACAACUUCUGGCUACGCACUUUUACACUUUUUCAGCGAUGCUGCUUAUAACUUGACAGGAUUUGAAAUAUUUUACUCGAUCAAUUCCUGUCCCAAUAAUUGCUCUGGCCAUGGGAAGUGUACACCGGGGAACUCAGUCGCCAGCAGAGUCUACUGUGAAUGUGACAAGUACUGGAAGGGGGAGGCCUGUGACAUCCCCUACUGCAGAAACAACUGCGGUAGCCCCGACCACGGCUACUGUGACCUCACAGGGGAGAAGCUGUGUGUCUGCAAUGACAGCUGGCAAGGCCCAGAUUGCUCACUAACUGUACCUUCAAAUGAGUCCUUCUGGAUCCUCCCCAGUGUCAAGCCCUUUGGCACCUCACUGGCCAGAGCUUCCCAUAAAGCUGUGGUGCAGGAAAAAGUCAUGUGGGUGGUGGGUGGUUAUACCUUCAACUACAGCUCGUUCCAGAUGAUUCUUAACUACAACCUGGAGAGUGGCAUUUGGAAUACAGUUCCCAUCAGUAGUGGCCCUGUGCCAAGAUACGGCCAUUCGCUUGCUGCCUACCAGGAUGAUAUUUAUAUGUUUGGUGGGAAACUGGAGGCUGGCUCGGGCAAUGUCACAGAAGAGCUGUGGGUGUUCAACGUGCCCAGUCGGACGUGGCAACGGAAAAAUCCUGUUGUUGAUUCACCAGCCCAAGCUCAGAUUUAUGCUGUGGAGGGACACACGGCCCACUGCGUCCUGCUGGACAGUGGCGAGACUAUCAUGCUGGUCAUCUUUGGUUACUCCCCCAUCUACAGCUACAUCAGCAACAUUCAGGAGUACAACCUGAAGUCAAACACAUGGUUGGUACCUGAGACUAAUGGUGCCAUCCCACUGGGAGGUUACGGCCACAGCAGUACGUAUGACAGCGCCAGUGGCAACAUCUUUGUUCAUGGUGGCUAUAAAGCACUUCCAGCCAACAAGUAUGGCCUUGUUGAUGACCUCUACCGAUACGACGUUAACACGAGGACAUGGUUCAUUCUGAGAGAAAGCGGCUUUCCACGAUACUUGCAUUCUGCUGUGCUCCUUAGCGGCACUCUGCUCGUUUUUGGGGGCAACACACACAACGACACAUCACUCAGUAAUGGGGCUAAGUGUUUUUCUGCUGACUUCCUUGCCUAUGACAUCGCAUGUGAUGAGUGGAAGCUCCUGCCGAAGCCAGACCUGCACAGGGAUGUUAACCGCUUCGGUCACUCUGCUGUGGUUAGCAAUGGGUCGAUGUAUGUUUUUGGGGGCUUCUCCAGCGUGCUGCUCAAUGAUGUGCUUGUUUACCGACCUCCCAGCUGCCAGGCCUUUUUGUUAGAGCAGUUGUGCGUGAAGGCAGGACCAGGAGUCCGAUGCAUCUGGAACAGAGGUCGCUGUCUCCCCUGGGAACCCAGCUGGACUAACGGGAGCCUCACACAUGCACCAUUUUGCCCCCCUAAAGCUGUCACAAUGGAUGAGUGGUGCUAUAGGUUCUCAGACUGCGGCAGCUGCACAGCAAACACCAAUGGCUGCCAGUGGUGUGAUGGAAAGAAGUGCAUCUCUGCCUUUAGCAACUGUACUUCUAAUGUGAAGAACUUCACUGAGUGUCCAGUGCGGCACGAGCAGGUGUGCAGCAAACUUUCCAACUGCAGGAGCUGCUUACUGAAUUUUAACUGCCAGUGGGACCAGAAUCACUCACAGUGUCACCCUUUGCCUGCCCAGCAGUGCAGUGAGGGUUGGAGCCAGGUGGGUGAAGCCUGCCUCAGGAUCAACUCCAGCCGCGAGAGCUACGACAACGCCAAGCACUACUGCAAAAACCUGAAUGGAAACAUUGCCUCGCUUACCACCUCCAAACAAGUGGACUUUGUGAUUGAGGAGCUCAAGAAACUCCAGCUACAAGACGAGCAACUGUUUCCCUGGGUUGGUCUGAGGAAGAUCAAUGUGUCAUACUGGGGUUGGGAGGACAUGUCUCCCUUCACCAACAGCAGCCUGCGCUGGCUGCCUGGUGAGCCCAGCGACUCUGGUUUUUGUGCCUACCUGGAAGGGCCUCAGGUUUCGGGCCUGAGGGCUAACCCAUGCACUGCUACAGCCCAUGGCCUUAUCUGUGAAAAAGCUCUUGGAAACCCCAAUAAGAGUACCCGUCCAUCUUGCAAGAAACCUUGUUGGCUUUACACCAACUGUGCCAACUGUACCAGCCAGGCCAUGGAGUGUAUGUGGUGUGGCAGCACGCAGCGCUGCGUGGACUCUACUGCGUAUGUCAUCUCCUUCCCCUACGGCCAGUGUCUGGAGUGGCAGACUGCAGAUUGUGUGGCCCAGAAUUGUUCUGGACUGCGCACCUGUUCCCAAUGCUUGGGGCAGCCUGAGUGUGGCUGGUGUGGAGAUCCAAGCAGCACAGGAAAGGGCCUGUGCAUGGAGGGCUCUUAUCGGGGGCCCAUGAAGAGGCUGGCGAAGCAGCAAAGCCAGUCCUAUGACAUGAUCCUGGAGCCAGGCAGCUGCCCCAAAGACAAGGGUUUCGAGUGGGCCUUCAUCCACUGCCCUGCGUGCCAGUGCAAUGGCCACAGCACUUGUGUGAACGGCAGUGUGUGCGAGCAGUGCCAUAACCUUACCACUGGCCCUCACUGCGAGACCUGCAUGCCUGGUUACCAUGGAGACCCAACCAAUGGUGGCAAAUGCCAGGCUUGUAAGUGCAAUGGUCAUGCAAGUGUGUGCCAGGUGUUAACUGGCAAGUGCUUCUGCACCACCAAGGGGAUCAAAGGAGACCAGUGCCAGCUAUGUGACUCAGAAAACCGUUACCUUGGGAAUCCACUCAGAGGAACCUGUUACUAUAAUCUCCUGAUCGACUACCAGUUCACUUUCAACCUCAUCCAAGAAGAUGAUAACCACUACACCGCCAUUAACUUCUUGGCCUCACCUGAGCAGGAAAAUAAAAACUUAGAUAUGUCCAUCAAUGCAUCCAACAACUUCAACCUCAACAUCACAUGGUCGGUGGGAUCCACAGCUGGAACCAUCUCUGGAGAAGAGGUGCCCAUUGUCUCCAAAACAAACAUCAAGGAAUACAGGGACAGUUUCUCAUGCGAGAAGUUUGGCUUUAGAAGCAACCCUAACAUUACUUUCUAUGUGUACGUCAGCAACUUCUCAUGGCCCAUCAAGAUCCAGAUUGCCUUCUCCCAACACGGCAACAUCAUGGACCUUGUCCAGUUCUUUGUAACAUUUUUCAGUUGCUUCCUGUCGCUUCUCCUGGUGGCAGCAGUUGUGUGGAAGAUCAAACAGACCUGCUGGGCUUCACGACGCAGAGAACAGCUGAUGAGGGAGCGUCAGCAGAUGGCCAGUCGUCCGUUUGCCUCAGUUGCUGUUUUAAUGGAUGUCAAAGGAGAAUCAACAGAAGUGGUGCAUCCUGUGGCUGAUGGCGUGCCUAAACCUGUUGCACUGGAGCCGUGUUGCGGAGGAAAAGCUGCUGUGUUGACUGUCCUCAUGUGUCUACCAUCCGGGCCCUCGGGCUUACCUCCACCAGGACAGUCCGGACUCAUUGUUGCCAGUGCACUGACAGACAUUUCACAGCAGAAACCUUCAGAUUUUAAGGACAAGUCCCUGGCUUUAAAAACCCGAAAAGCUCUUCCUCCAGCUCACCAAGGGACCUGCAUUUGACUGUCGACCUCCCAGUCCACUGGUUCCCUUUUGACACCAUCUGAAGUCAUAUCAUUACAUGUCUCAGGUCCCAGUUGGAAACCUCUUCAGAGACAUUUCAUGGCUACACAUAGAAAAUUUCAUUCAGCUGCUAACACUGAAGUUUUCGUGUUCCAAAAGCACAACUCGUUACCUUUACAUGCCAUUUUGCUCUUUUCUCUAUGUCAACUUCAGAAAUCCUUGGCCAGCAUCUGCAGCGACAUAAACCUUCUUGGCUUGGACAGCUCAGCCAUCAUGGCAAAGCUAAAUGUCUGCAUUAAAUGGACAUUCAUCAUAUCAGUGACACCAGGCAGAUAAAUAAGGAGCAUGUAAAGCUGUAGAGAACUAAAUUAUAAAUGCUUUAGGAUGCCAUCUAUUUGCUCAGCACGAGGGGGAAAACAAACAAAAAAAAAGACUACAUCAGUUAAAUUAUUUUCCUCGUACCAUGUUGGAAAUGCAGCAGAUAAUUGAAAAUGUCUGAUAGGUGUCCUGCCUUUACAGUUUUUGACUUUCGUUUGCUUGCCAAUACGUGGUAUUCAAUGGUGCUAAGGCAUUUCAUUUUCAUUACUUUGCUGUAAAGGCUGAUUUCAUCACGCCUUUGUGUGGGUGGGAUAUUUGCUAGACCAGGACUAAAAUUAACACCCCAUAAGCAUGUGGUAGAAAAUGUCAACUUGAGUAUUCUUUGUCACAAUACUCCCAUUAAUGAUUUGUCUCAGCAUCUUCUGUACAUAUCAGUCAUCCAGCCAGCUAAAGCUAAAGUCUGUAUAUUCUGUGGAGUACAUGUGCUAAAGCUACAGAGACUGCGAUCACUACCAGCAACGUUGUGGCUGAAGUCUGCGAACUGGAAGGAGGCACGAACAAAUAAUCCGUCAUCGAACUACAGCAUGGGGGAAUCACCAAAACCUGGGAAAUGUUAGAUGCGUUAAAUAAUAAAACUGGAAGUUUCUUUUAUUUUUUUUCUUCUUCCCAGUUUAGUCACUGUUUAAUAAGUAACUCAGAAGAACACUGACGUUUCUUUCGGUCCUGUACUGUAGUUUGUACUUGCAUCAUUUUGCUGUUCAACUUGGACGUUGUGAUGCUAAUGAACUUGCCCUUGGAUCGAUGUGGUGGAUGGAUAUUAUUCAGGACUCUGCUUCCCAAAAUUAGACCCGGGACAAACUGCUGCUCUGGCUGUUUACCAGUGUUUUUUUUCCCCCUCCAUUUUUCUCUUUUAAAUGGGCCUCUGAAGAUAUAACCUGUCUAUCUUUCAAGGAGUUGAGUUACGUUUUUAUAAUGCCUUGACUUUCUGUGAACUCUUACGGAGUUACUUACAUAGGACACGAGGAACUGAGAAAUUUUUUAAAAAUGUACAGUGUCUUGUUGAACAAAUGUGAGUCUUUGUCACUCUUGUUUGUUAAGAUUUAAUGGGGUUGUUUUUUUUUUUUAUUAUUUUUGUUCAGGUUUUUAUGACAGACUGGUGAAAAAAUAUUGGUUGUUUUCAGCCUUGUCACCUGAUACUAUUAUACAUAAUAAAUAGUCUUUUUGCUACACUUGAGAAAAGAGCAUUUCUGUUAAUAAUUUGUUUUGAUAUUUAACACAUUCCUGUGUAAUAGCGCAUUUAACUUCACUUAUUUUGUUGACUUAAAACAGUUCUAAUUGUACAUUGUGCAUCUUUACAGACUGUUUGGGGCAUUUUCCUGCUUUAUGUUGCAUAUGUGAUCAUUAUGAUGCAUUUUCUUGAGGAUGGUAUGCCUGCUUAUGUGUUUUUUAAGUUUCUGUUAGAAUAGCCCUUCACUAGUGUCAUUACACAGGAAUUAGGGCCCCACUGUACCGUGAAAAAGAUGACGAACUGCAUAUCAGUAACUGUCAGUGUAUUUUAAAAAUGAUCAACAUGCCAGAAAAUUAAAAAAAAAAAAAAAAAAAACGAACUGAAAAUUUUUUGUGCAA